GUACAUUGUGCCCGCGGUGUGCGGUUAGUUGGUGAAGAUCUGCACACGGAGGACGACUAGCCGGCUAUUAAUAUCCAAUCAGAGGUUUAGUUAAAUGUACGAAGCCAACAUUCAAAGAAAUCCAAAGUGGCUCAGAGUGAGAAAGUGCCCGAUGAAAUCUGGGGCUUGCAUGGUGUGAUUACUCCGCGUUACAAUUCGAUUCUGACUCUUACCCUUGUACGCUACCACCCCGUUGCUGCUUUGCGGCCUCAUGAGCUCUUGCUGUGAUGGGUCAAGCUAAACCCUAAUGCAACGUCCAAUUCGAACUACUGGUAGAGAUCGGCCUGGAUUUUCGCCGUUUUGAAGGCUUACACACUAACUUUAACCUUACCAGAGAUUGAUUGCCUGAUAUUGGCCACCCAACCGCACAUCUUCACACUUUUGAUAUCAGAACAUUGAAUUUCACCUGCCACAUCUUUACCAUAUCCCUCCCAAAACAGGAAUCCAGACGGGGCUCUUGGCUUGCAACGUCCAAUAGCAUCCCAAGAACUGAAUUCACCAUUCCACAGCAUGAGAUUUACGAUAGCAAGAACGAUUCAUAAGUACUUAGUGAGGCCUGCUUCUCAGGUUUCAGCAAUCUUGAUGAGGUACCAGAGAUUACCGACCAGCGAAGAAGCUGAAAUGGCGAACGAGACUCUUAUUAACGGCCCUGCCUCCUCAAAUGAAAACGAUGGUGAACCUGAUGUCAAAGACGGAAAUGUCAACAAUGAUUACAUACAACGGUCGGAAGUUGAGAGUCUAAAUUUGACUGCGAUACCACCUGGAACAAUCGAUCCAAUAUAUGAAGCAAAAGCUCGAGUCUUAAAUGAAGCUAUUCAAGAUAUUGGCAUGGGAUGGUAUCAAUGGCAACUAUUUGUUGUGGUAGGAUUUGGCUGGGCGAAUGAUAACUUGUGGCCAAUUGUUACAUCACUUAUAUUCACGUCGAUUACCAAUGAAUUCUCGCCCAAGCACCCGCCUCUACUCACUUUAGCUCAGAAUAUUGGUCUUCUGGCUGGUGCUAUGUUUUGGGGUUUUGGUUGCGACAUUUUCGGUCGACGUUUAGCUUUUAAUGCUACGCUUGGUAUCACCGCUGUUUUUGGAUUGAUUGCUGCCGGUUCACCAAAUUUUGCCGCUAUUGGAUGUUUUGCUGCUCUGUGGAGUUUUGGUGUGGGCGGGAAUCUUCCCGUCGAUUCAGCAGUUUUCCUCGAGUUUCUUCCUGGUUCUCAUCAAUAUCUUCUUACUGUUCUUUCAGUCGAUUGGGCCGUAGCUCAAGUUAUCGCGAAUUUAAUUGCUUGGCCUCUCUUGGGAAACCUCACGUGCCAAGAAGGUUCAACAUGCACUCGAUCACAGAAUAUGGGGUGGAGAUAUUUUCUUAUCGUUAUGGGAGGCAUCUCUAUGAUUGAGUUCUUCAUUCGUUUCACUUGUUUUACGAUAUUUGAAAGUCCGAAAUAUUUGAUGGGAAAAGGAAGAGAUGAAGAUGCAGUUAAGGUUGUGCAGGAAGUUGCGAGGAGAAAUGGGAAACAGUCAAAUUUGACUGUCACCCGUCUCCAAGAUUGCGGCACCCUUCCUCAUAUCAACGCCUCGGCAACCCUGUCAAGAAAACUCCAUCAAAUGGACUUAUCUCAUGUUCGUGCCUUAUUUGCGACAAGGAAGCUGGCCUUCUCUACAGGUUUGAUUAUGCUCGUGUGGGCAUUUAUUGGUCUUGGAUAUCCACUCUAUAAUGCAUUUCUUCCGUAUAUCCAAGCCACUCGAGGUGCUGAAUUUGGAGAUGGAAGUACAUAUUUGACGUAUCGCAACUCUCUGAUUAUAUCAGUGCUUGGGAUCCCUGGCGCUCUUAUUGGUGGUUACCUUAUUGAGGUACCAAGUUUGGGUAGAAAAGGAACUCUCGCUCUUAGUACAACAGCGACUGGGGUAUUCUUAUACGCUUCCACCACAGCCAUGACGUCUACUGCAUUACUAGGUUGGAAUUGUGCUUUUAACUUUUGUUCCAAUGUGAUGUAUGCUGUUUUAUACGCAUACACACCGGAAAUAUUUCCUACAAAAGAUCGCGGUACGGGAAAUGCUCUUACCGCGACUUCGAACAGAAUAUUCGGGAUUAUGGCGCCGAUUAUUGCAAUGUUUGCCAAUCUCGAGACUUCAGCGCCAGUUUAUACAAGCGGGGCUCUUUUUAUUGCAGCGGGACUGUUGGUGUUGAUAUUGCCAUAUGAAAGUCGGGGAAAGGCCAGCUUAUAAACCGGAGUAUGAAGCCCGUAUUCAUAUGGUAUUUCUACCUUUGAAUCCUGCAGAACAACAAAAUUCAUAUCAGUAAUCAGUAUUGAUCAACAAUUCGG